AGCCAAUCCAGCACGCAACAAUGAGGAUCCAGAUUAGCGUAGUAUUUUUGGCGAUGAGCACCGUGUCCAUUGCUAAAGAAGCAGCCACUAACAAAGAAGGAGCCAAGAAGAACGAGAAGCGAGGUCUGCUGGGUCUAGGUGAUGGCGGUUUCGGUUACGGCGGUGGCCACGGCGGCGGCUUUGGCGGCGGCGUUGGUGGUGGCUUCGGGGGUGGACUCGGGGGCGGAAUCGGAGGCGGCGGCUUUGGAGGCGGCGGCUUUGGAGGCGGCGGCGCGGCCGCUGGCGGCGGACAAGUGACCUCCGUGACCAUCACCAGGGAGGUGCCGGUGGCGGUGCCACAGCCGUACCCGGUGGCCGUCGAGCGCAACGUGCCGGUCCCAGUAAACGUGCCCGUCCACGUGCCGGUGGACAGGCCGUACCCGGUCCACGUGCCACAGCCGUACCCAGUCCCCGUGGAGAAGCCCGUGCCUUACCCCGUGAGCGUACCCAGACCUGUCGCUGUGCCCGUGCCCCAGCCAGUGGUCGUCAAGCAACCGGUUCCCGUCAUUAUCGGCAGCGGCGGCUCUGGUGGCUUCGGUGGACUCGGAGGCCUCGGGGGAUCUUCUCUCGCCGGCCACGGUGGUUUCGGCGGAGGAUUUGGAUCUUCGUCCUUCGGCAGCCACGGAGGAUACGGCGGUGGCGGCCACGGAGCGCACGUCAGCUUUUCGUACAUCGGACACCAUCACUGAGAUUUCAGGUUCUGCCUGUUGCACCGAGUCUCACAACAAGAAACCUGUUGAAACACACAUUUAUGUUUCUCUUGACCU